CCACAUUAAUAUUCAUUCGAGAACGAACCCCGAACGACGACGAUGCAUUCCGAGCACAUGACCGACUCGCAAUGGCAGGAUUUGGAGGCGGAGAUGAUGGGACUUGUCAACACUGCCAUGCAGAGCACCCCGCACACGCGGGAGCUAGACGCGAUUCAGGAAGGGUAUCACCUGACGUCGGAGAAGCGCAAUAUCCGCGUGCUGGUCAAAAAGUCGCCGACGUCUGCGUUUCACGAAUUCCUCGCCCUUCGGCGCAAUCCACUCUCUCUCGACGACUACAUGGAGCUGAGCUACUGCGACACCACGGACGCCCUUCGUGCGCAGCAAGCGCUCUUCUACCGCGACAACCUCCUCAACGCGAUGGUGCUGGCGGCGCAUCAGACCCGCGACACCGACCCGUUCCGCUUUGUCGGACUCAAGUACAAACGACUCCGCUUCGCCAACAGUGGUGGCGUGUUCGAGCCCCGAGACACGACGUACUUUGAGGUGUCGGGCCUUCGCACGAACAAGGCUGGCCACCGCGUGCUCUUCAUCGCACGAGAGUCGGUCAACCUGGACGACUACCCCCCCGUGGACCACGUCGUGCGCUUCCACUUCAAGACACUCAUCCUGCAGACCCACUACGACGACGGCAUUGAGGAAGCGGUGUACCUGAUUUCCAACCCCCUCGGCAGCAUCCCCGCCUUUGUCUUCAACAAGGUCGCGCAGGCAUCGCUGUACCUAGUCGACGACUUUCCUCUCAUGUUGCAGAAACAACGGUGUCUCCAUGCCUUGGCGAAUCUCGCAUCGCCGAAAAAGCAGGCGGAACUCCAAAAACUCACCGCGUGUUGUGCCUGCCGCGGCAAACUUCGUCGCUUUCGCACAGCCCACGACUGUGUCGCAUGUGGCUACGCCAUGUGCUCCAAGUGUGUAGUCUCACUCCCCCGUGUCGUCCGCGGAUCUCUGAAUUCGCUCACGGUGGUGCAUGAUGAAGUGUGCAAAGCAUGUUUUUCCCUGUUCUCCAAGCAACGGGGCAGCGACCCUGGCGUUACUUUUGUACUAGUGCCAGGUUUGAAAUCCAUCAAACGACGUCGUACAGACCUUGCUCGGUUCCUGAAGUAAAAGAAACGGGUUCGCCGAGCUCGCAGUGUAGCAUCGAUUCAUACCACGACGGCGAUGACGAUAGCCGGGAUAGUGCGGGACUGCGCUCGACAGUCAGCACAGGCAAUGAUUACGACGACGACCACUGCGCGUUGCUCACCUCGUUGCCAGCCAACGGAAUAUAUGCCCAGCAACAUGAAAAAAUGCGGCGUGGGAUUGACGAGCAACGCCAGUUGGUCCACCAACUGAUGGAGCAGCUCGACGUGCGGCGCAAGAAGGUCCACGUAGCUCGUGAUCGAUCGUCGUCUUCUUUGCUCGCAUGUUCAUCUCUUUCCGAUGAACGUUCAGAGAAAAUAGCGAUGGUGGAAUCGUGUCCGUUUAUGUUAUUAAAUCUCCCGAAUAGUGACACACCAAGCAAGUAAGUACUUAAUCCAAUGUAGUUUGAAAUGUGGUUGGCUUUAAAAUACCAGGAAAAUAUAUUUGAUGGAAGUAUAUAUAUAUUUUAG